AUGGCUCCCAUCACCAAGACUCUCGCCCUUGCUGGCGCCCUCUUUGCCCUCACCGGUAUCGCUGCUCCCGUCGAGAAGCGCGCCGUUGUCUGGGAGACUGUCACCGACGUUGUCUGGACCACUGUCGAUGUCACCACCACCAUCUACCCGAACCAGGGUAAGCCCACUGCCACCGCGACUGUCGUCGCUACUACCUCCUCCGCCGCUCCCGUCGAGGAGGAGGCCAAGGCUGCCCCAACCACCUCCACCACCGAGGCCCCUGCCCCUGUUGCUCAGCCCACUGAGAAGGCCACCGUUCAGGCCCUGAAUGUUGCUGCGGCUCCCGCCGUCGAGUCCUCUUCUGAGUCCUCCUCUUCUACCACCACCACUGCCGCUGCCGCCGUUCAGACCGCUCAGCGCUCCACCGAUACCAGUUCCAGCUCCAGCUCCAGCUCUGGUCCAUCCGGUUAUGGAGAAGCGACUUUCUACGACACCGCUACCCUCGCCACCAGCCCUAGCUCUUGUGGUACCACCAACGAUGGUGAGUCCGAGUUUGUCAUUGCCCUGCCCGUCGGUGUCAUGACCGAUUCCGACUGUGGCAAGAAGGUCACCAUCUCGCGCUUUGGUAAGACGGAAACCGCCACGGUCGUUGACAAGUGCAUGGGCUGCGACAACAACGCCAUCGAUAUGUCCCGCGCUCUGUUCCAGAAAUUCGCCGGCUUUUCCGCGGGCCGCAUCGGUGAUGUCAAGUGGACCGUCAACAACUGA